AUUCCUUCUCUCUUUUUCUAUUCUUACUUUCUUAUAAUCAUCCAUUUUUUAAAAGAAUGCGCUGGAUCGCCUUUGUCGUAGCAUCGAUACUACUUUCAUUAAUAUUAUCGGGAUCGACGAGAAGCGUAGUAGACGCCCAACAACAACCAGUAGUACAGUCGAACCAAAUAAUAGCAAACUCACCAAACGCCGCUCCUACAGCUGCUGCGGGCAUCAACACAGCAUCCUCAGAAGAAGCAGCGGUUAUUGACGACGGCGUAAACAAUUCUGCACCUACAUCUGCAGACAUUGCAGCAGCGGAUGAUGAUGAAGGCAGCAGCCACUCUUUAGCUGUCGGUCUGCCGAUCGGAACAUGGUCAAUUCUUCAAUUGAACGAAAGCAGCCGAGCUGCAGCAUGUAAACAACAAACGGACUUUUGCGCAGUAAUGAUAUUUACCAGUUUCUCUUUGUUUUUCUUGAGUGUGAUGCGUAUGCAUGUCAUGAUUGUGGUGUGUCAAAAACCUUAAAAAUUAUUUUUACCCCAAUAUUAAUCAUGUGGAUUUUAUUUAUAAUUAGAACGAAUGUGGGGGCGCAGACUUGACAUCGUUAAAUUUUUGUAACCAAACAACCAUGGCUUGGGGCUGCAAUUGUCGGGUAAUAGGGAAAAAACGGUACAGAUAAAGUGUGAGACCAGAAAAAAACGUGGAUGCUAAUAUCAUCCCUUUUCUAUUUCUUCAAUCAGAACAAGGUCCCAGACUGUCCUC